AGCUGAAAAGAAGUACAGCCAACUUGAAAAGGAGGCACUAGCCAUUAUUUUUGGGAUCAAAAAGUUCCACUUAUACAUCUAUGGCCGAGUUUUCACUCUCGUCACGGAUCACAAACCGCUACAGACUAUUUUGGGCCCAAAGACAGGCAUUCCGUCUAUUGCGGCAGCACGGUUGCAGCGCUGGGCUGUUACCUUGUCAGCGUACAAGUACUCGUUGGUGUACAAGAGAUCCAGUGACAAUGCAGAGGCCGAUUUUUGCUCUAGGUUCCCUCUCGAAAGUGGGAAAGACGAUAGUUGCGAGGGCGAAGAGUCCUUCUAUGCACUGCGGCUAGAGUCAAUGCCGGUGUCCUCUCAGGAGAUUGCACGCGCUACGUCGCGCGACCCGUUACUUUGUCAAGUACUUGAAUACACAAGCAUGGGUUGGCCGACGCACGUGCAAGAACAACAACUCAGACCGUUCUUUGACAGACGCUUGCAGAUGAGUGUUCAUCAAGGGUGCCUAAUGUACGGCAUGAGGGUUGUUGUUCCGUCCCAGCUGCAGGAGCCCGUGCUCGACGAACUGCAUCAAGGCCAUCCCGGCAUCGUGCGAAGUAAGGAGCUGGCUCGCAGCUAUGUUUGGUGGCCAUCAAUUGACUCAGACCUUGAAAGAAAGGUACGAAGCUGCCAAGCAUGCCAGGAACAGCGUAAUGAUCCAUGCAAAGCGCCUCUUCACCCCUGGGCAUGGCCGACAGCACCGUGGAGACGACUACACCUAGACUUUGCAGGCCCGUUCCGCGGAACCAUGUUCCUAGUCGUGGUGGACGCGCACUCAAAGUGGCCAGAGGUGUUCACCAUGCAGAGCACUACGACCGAGCGCACUGUGAGGUGCCUACGUGAACUUUUCUGCAGGUUCAGAAUUCCGGAAACAAUCGUUUCAGACAACGGGCCGCAGCUGGUGUCCGAGGAAUUCAAGGUGUUCAUGAGGAACAACGGGGUCAGACACGUCGUGAGCGCCCCAUACCACCCGAGCACAAACGGCCUGGCAGAACGGUUUGUGCAGACACUGAAGUCUGCACUACGCAAGUCAUCCGCUGGAGAGACGCCAGCAAACUUGUUGAUGGGCAGAAGAUUGCGUUCCAGGUUGGAUGUAAUCAAGCCUACGGUAGAGGGGAAAGUGAUCCACAAGCAAUUUAUACAAAGUAAGCAACGGAGGACAAGCAGAGAAGAAAUCUGCCCUGGUGACAAUGUCCUAGUGCGAAAUUACAGGAGUUUGCCGAGGUGGCUACGUGGUACCGUCCUCAAGAAGACUGGUCCAGUAUCUUACCAAGUCCAGGCGAGCCAAGCGUCCCGGCCACGGUACAAGAGCAUGGGCCACAGCAGCCUCACACCAUCCCGCAACGGGAUCCUGUACCUCCUACAGGCCGAUCUACUUCUGAAGGACGCUACCCAUCGAGAGAACGGCGUCCGCCUGACAGAUACCAAGCUCGCUCCUAACUUUUGUAUAAUACUGCCGUUGGCGCUGCUACGUAAUUAA